GCUUGACUCAGUCAUGCUAAAACCAGACGGAGAGGGAGAAAGUUUUUAUUUUUUAAUCUAACGCUUUUAUCGUGGAAGUUCGGGGAGUUUAAAUCGUUAACAGAUCGCAAGAUAAAUUUCACAAAUGAGAUUUAUUAAAUAACUGCAGUGAUUUACCGGCAUCGUCUGCUUAACUUAUCAAUUUUAUAUAUUGUUUUAAAUAUUGUACAAGAAUGUAUCCGGCAAAUCAUAAGACUAUCUUUGUUUUGGAUCACACACCAUACUUUGGUAUAUCCACUGAAGCUCCUUUGGAAUUUGAUUUUCUGAAGAGUCGCGGCCAGAACUUAAUUCCUUUAGCACCUGUUUGCAAAUCUUUAUGGACCACCAGCGUGGAAGCCUCGUUGGAAUAUUGUAGAAUAGUAUGGGAUCUCUUUCCAACUGGAAAAUUGAUAAGAUUUGUUGUAACCGAUCGUGCAGCAUAUGUAUUGAACUCAUGGAGUCCGUCACAACAAAAUUUAAAUCAUAUAAUGAAUGGCACAGCCAUUCUAGGAGUACCAACAAAGCUUCCAAAACCCGGAGAAGAUUAUUCAGUUAUACAUGGUUUAAGAGUAGCCAUCGAGACACUUAACGAGUGCUCGGAGAUUCAACAUGAUAAAAGAACAUCAUUAAAUGAGAAUGCUAGCAAGCUUGUUAAUAGAGGAAGGGUGAUAUGCAUCACCAGUGCAAGAGAUAAUAGCAACAUGAAGAACUUGGAGAAUAUAUUCUUGAAUGAAUUGGCUCAAGAAAAUAAAACUGCUUUAGCUUCAGAUCAUUUAAUACCUGUAGAUUAUUGCCACUUAGUUAUACUGAACAUCUUUCCUAAUAAUAUUGAAUCGCAAGUGACUAGUCAGGGACCAAGAGAAGUUUCACCGUUGUUGACAGUAGAAGUACAUUCUAUCAAGGCACCUGCAUUACAUUCAAAAUUGUCCCAUUUGAUUCUGUCUCAUUAUGAUCUGGCUAGUACAACCGUAACUGGUAUACCGAUGAAAGAAGAACAGAAUGCCAGUUCGUCUGCGAAUUAUGACGUUGAGAUAUUUCAUUCCUCGGCUGCCCAUUCAGCAAUUUUAAAAGGAAAUCCACAAGAUUCAGCAUUAAUCAAGACAUUUAGGAGAUUUGAAGAAGGAUCAGAAUAUGAAACUGUGACUUUAAAGUGGUGCACACCGCGAGGAUGCAGCGCAGCGGAAAUGCAAAACUGCACAGCUAUGCAUAGAAUUACACCUGUAGAUGUAAACAGCAGACCGUCCUCUUGUUUGAUCAACUUUUUAUUGAAUGGUAGAUCAGUGAUGUUGGAAAUGGCCAGAAAGAGCGGCGGAAAAACUAUUUCUCAUUUACUUGCUGCACAUGGUGGGGAAAUUUUCAUACAUACAUUAUCUACCGCUAGAAGUGUAUUGGAGGAUCCACCUUCUAUCAGCGAAGGCUGCGGUGGCCGCGUCACUGAUUAUAGAAUAACUGAUUUUGGCAGAUUGAUGCGGAAUAACGUACUGGUGCCUUUAAAAAGAAAUUCAAGCUGCACUAGCGAAGGUCCAGCAGAGAAAAUGAGAUCCAGACUAGAGCGGCACACAAAAUAUUGGCCAAUUACUAUUUCCAGUACGCUCAUGUUCAAUUUGAAACAGUUAAUAGAUCCAUUGCCAGAGUUAAUGGUGAAGGAAGAACUCGCUGCAGAGGAAGUUGUACAGUGCAAACAGGUGAUCUUCAGUUUAUUGCAGUUAGAGGCAAAGCAUGAGGUAUUACCGUUGCCAAGUAUAGGAGGUGGCCGUGGUGGAAAAGGUGGAGUACGCAGAGAGGAACAUUACAGGCUGCUGUGGGGAGAGUUGGAGACAUUCCUGAAACAUCAUGCAAACAACUCUGCCGCGCAUUCUGAAGUUCUAACCUGUCUGUUGGAAGUACGGAGCAAAGACGACAAAGACAAAGUCGAAUUGGAUCAGGCGUUGCGCGAAUUAGACGGGUUCGGCAAAGAGGACGGAACUGCUCGAGCCAGCGUAAUAAGAGCGACGACCGAUUCACCGAUGUCACCACCGCCAAGUACGUCAAUGUCUCUUGGUAAACAAUUGCACAAAGGUAGUCUCUACGCGCCUAAAAGUUUGUUGGACAUUUGGAUGCAACGGAGUACGCCAAAGGAGAAGAAACCCGACUUUCACGGACGAGUGAACAGCGACGGCCCCAAGGCGAAAUUAUACCCCAACUUGAAAGAGACUGGCCGCGAGCCACGCGAGCCUAUAUUGGAAGGUUAACGAGCCGAGAACUCUCGCAAUGAGUUACCUGCGUGUAAACUUAAAUUACAACAACUAUCAUUUGUUAUCUUCUACUGCUUGUGUUGCGAUACUUUCUCUCAACCGGUAGGAAAUAAUUUCUGAAAGCGUAACAACCACUA